CGCGCUCUCUCUCUCUCUCUCUCUCUCUCUCUCGUUCUCUUGUUGAUCUCGCCUUUCUUCUUAUUCCUCCCUUUCUCCUCUCAACUUUCCUCUAUUCAUUCCUUUCUUUUCUUUCAGACAACUCUCCUCUGAAUCAAAAGAAUACCGAAAAGUUGUCUUUUUAUUAGUCUUCUGUUCAACUUGUUCUUCGUUCUCUUUUCCACCUACAUCAACAAAAAAUGAAGGCUUUUAAUUCGGCUUUAGGAUCCGCAGAAUCAAAGAACGGGUUGUUGCUUUUGACCUUCAUCAUUGCGGUUUCUCUAAUUUGUGGAGUUUACUUUGUUGGUGACACAUCCAUCGCAAAGGAAUACAAAGGAAAAUUAGCACAAUGGGGUCUAAUCCGCACAAUGCAGAAUACAAAACCCACUGAAUGCAAGAGUCACUGUAGACCAUCUGGAACUGAGGCAUUGCCUGAAGGAAUUGUCGUCAAAACAUCUAACUUGGAAAUGCGACCAUUGUGGGAUUCAGGUGUAAAUAAUAGAAAUUCAAAGCCCUCACUGAACUUGUUGGCUAUGGCAGUAGGAAUUAAGCAGAAAGCAGUUGUCAAUAGAAUUUUACAAAAGUUCCCUUCAAGCAAUUUUGUUGUGAUGCUUUUUCAUUAUGAUGGUGUUGUGGACGGAUGGAAGGAUUUAGCUUGGAGCAAUCAUGCCAUACAUGUGUCUGCAUUCAAUCAAACAAAAUGGUGGUUUGCCAAACGUUUUUUGCAUCCAGACAUAGUUGCUGAUUACAAUUACAUAUUUCUGUGGGAUGAGGACAUAGGUGUUGAAAACUUUGACCCAAAAAAGUACUUAUCUAUUGUCAAAGAAGAGGGACUUGAGAUAUCACAGCCUGCACUUGAUCCCAGUAAAUCGGAAGUGCAUCAUCCACUCACAGUUCGUAGAAGAGGAUCAAAAGUGCACAGAAGGUAUUAUAAGUUAAAAGGUGGUGGAAGGUGUGAUGACCAUAGCACUUCUCCUCCUUGUAUUGGUUGGGUGGAAAUGAUGGCACCAGUGUUCUCUAGAAAUUCAUGGCGAUGUGCUUGGCAUAUGAUACAGAAUGACUUAAUCCAUGCAUGGGGCCUCGAUAGACAGCUUGGUUAUUGUGCACAGGGUGAUCGAAUGAGAAAUGUUGGUGUAGUUGAUUCUGAGUACAUAGUUCAUUUGGGUCUGCCAACUCUUGGUGGUUCACAUGGCAAUGAGAUAAGUAGUAAAGCUAUGGCACAUCCUCCAAGUUUGGAUGCACUGGCACCAUCACCCUCUCAUGAAGAUAUUGCUAGAGCUAAAGUGAGGAUGCAGUCAUUCAUUGAAAUGCAGGUUUUUGCACGAAGAUGGAAUGAUGCUGUCAAGAAUGACAAAUGCUGGAUUGAUCCAUAUCAAAAACAGUCAAACCAGACAGACCAUUAGUUUGAUAUUUAUGGCUUUGACCAGGCACAAUCCUUGCCGGUGGUGAUGUUCAUACUCAAAUGUUCGAAACCAAUGCAUUUUACAAGCAUGUGAGUUUUGCAAGCAACUGAUACGAUUAAUUUCUUGUCUUAGAUGGUGAUUGGUGUUUUCAUUGGAGCCUCGGUAGAUGAAACUUCCAAGAGUAUGGGGACUUCACAAUUUUCCCCUCAUUCAAGGGCUUUUGCUAUAAUGGUUUUUGUGAUUGUUCCAUUAAUUCAUUACUUUAAAUUAUCGCUUGUACAUAGGGAGGUAUAGAGGUGUACAUUUUGUUUAGUUCUUUUAUUUUAUUUCUUUUACUGUGUGAAUGCCAGUGCAAAGGGCUUACAUGGCUAAACAGCCUAUGAUACAUUCUUCAGAUAAUUUAAUUUUUCUCUACCUUGGUGGGUUGCGGAUGUUUUUC